GCGCCGCGUGGCCCGGCCUGAGGCUCUGGAAUGAACCUGUUGGUUUUGAUGCUCAGAGAAGUGGGACCUGCACUGAGGUGAACUUGAAGCACUGUCUUGCCCAGGGAACUAAAGGGUUAGGCCUGUCCAGCUAGCUGUCUCUCAGAUGUUUCCCUUUUCUUCUGAGGCACACCUUUAACCUUUGGGGAAAAUGGAAGAACUGAGUCAAGCUCUGGCUAGUAGCUUUUCUGUGUCUCAAGAUCUGAAUAGCACAGCUGCCCCGCACCCCCGCCUGUCCCAGUACAAGUCCAAGUACAGUUCCUUGGAGCAGAGUGAGCGGCGUCAACAGUUAUUGGAACGGCAGAAAUUCAAGCGGCUGGAUUAUGUGAAUCAUGCCAGAAGACUGGCUGAAGAUGACUGGACAGGGAUGGAGAGUGAGGAAGAAGAUAAGAAAUGUGAUGAAGAAAUGGACAUUGACACUGGCAAGAAGCUACCAAAACGCUAUGCUAAUCAAUUGAUGCUUUCUGAGUGGUUAAUUGACGUCCCUUCAGAUUUGGGGCAGGAAUGGAUUGUGGUUGUGUGCCCUGUUGGAAAAAGAGCGCUUAUCGUGGCCUCCAGGGGUUCUACCAGUGCCUACACCAAGAGUGGUUACUGUGUCAACAAGUUUUCUUCACUUCUACCAGGAGGCAACAAGCGAAACUCAACAACAGCAAAAGACUAUACCAUUCUGGACUGCAUUUACAGUGAGGCAAAGCAGACCUACUACAUUCUGGAUGUGAUGUGCUGGCGGGGCCACCCUUUUUAUGACUGCCAGACUGAUUUCCGAUUCUACUGGAUGCAUUCAAAGUUACCAGAAGAAGAAGGACUGGGAGAGAACACCAAGCUCAAUCCUUUUAAAUUUGUGGGGCUAAAGAAUUUUCCUUGUACCCCUGAGAGCCUGUGUAAGGUGCUGUCUAUGGAUUUCCCUUUUGAGGUGGAUGGACUUCUCUUCUACCACAAGCAGACCCACUAUAGCCCUGGAAGCACUCCUCUAGUGGGCUGGCUACGCCCAUACAUGGUAUCAGAUAUUCUUGGUGUGGCUGUGCCAGCUGGGUGCCCACUGACCACCAAGCCAGAGUAUGCCGGGCACCAGCUCCAGCAGAUUAUUGAGCAUAAGAGGAGCCAGAAGGAGGGCAUGAAAGAGAAACCCACACAGAAGGCCUUUAACAGUGGGCACUAUGAGCUUGAGCAUCUGUCUACCCCUGAGCUGAAGAGUGAUCCCCACAGCUUGGACCAGCUUGCGAGUCACAUGGAAAACUAACGAGAGCAGCCUCCUUUGGGUGUAGCGGGAAGGUGCUUGGUUUCAGAACAGAGGUUGGGGAGAGGGACAGUGACGACAAUAGGUGACUUCAUUUUAGAGUGGACUUUCCAGAGACACUCCAGCUGUAAACAGAUUAACUCCUGUAAAAAGUGUAUCCCAGAUCCACAAUGUAAAUAUAUGUGAUUCUUAAAAAAAGAACUUGUGAUUUUUUUUUUUUAAGGGCCUUUUAAUUAAUAGGUGUACAGGUCUAGCUUUCCCCAGGUACCCAUGUGAAUGUAUUAUUCAGCAAGAUUGCUUUUAUGGUUAAAAAGUCAGGAACUUGUGAUUCUUAAACCUUAGACAAACUUGAAACUCUCCCAGCAGCCCCCCUCUUGUCCCUGUCCGCCCCCCCUGAGCCCCAGUCUACCUACACCAUGACUGUUCAAAUCUUGGCCUAUUUUACUCUGGUCUUAGUACUUAAGCAUUCUGCUGAGUUUCUAGUUGCUACUGUCCUGACGUCAUUUUCUAAAAAGUCUUAACCAGGAACUGCAGUUCUUAGUAUUUGAAUAUCUUCCCUCUUCUGAGAAGACAAAUGUGAUUUUCUUCGGUUCGGAACAUUGCCAGAAAUAAAAUGAAAGUGGUGAUCAUUCAGUACUUCAACAAACAUUUGAAACAUUACCUUCCAGAAGAUAAGCCUUUUGCUAGGCCUCUGUGAUGUAGGUUAAGGAAACAGAAAGGCCCUUAGAGCCUCAGGGCUGGAAGAGCAGGGGGAUGUUUCACUGAGGCUCGGAGGAGAGCCAGAAAUGUGCUCUGCAGAUAGAAGGUCAGGAGUUCCUCACAGAGGCAGGAGGGCAGGACUUGGUGGGGACUGAAAUCUGUUCAGCAUGGCUGAAGCAUAAGGUAGGAUUGGAGGGUUAUAGAGGAGGAAGAGAGAGAGAGAGAUGGGCCUGAUUGUGUUAUGCAGAGAUUUUGAUUUUAUGUCAUGAAUGUAAAGGAGCCAAUAAAGAGCUUUGAGCAGGCA